AUGGAGAUUGCACCAUUCAUGCCGAUAUCAUCGGCGAAUGGCGACUCGAUCAAGAUUUACACGGAUUGGGCGAACAAGCACUUGUCGAAAUCAUCAAACUACCGGGCGAUCAGGGACAUCUCAAACGAUUUUCGCGACUAUCGGCUCGUUUCGCAACUCAUCAAUGUUAUAGUUCCGAUCAACGAGAAUUCGGUGGGAUUCAAUCGGCGAAUCGCAAAAACCACAUCAAAUCUUGAUGGCCUCGAAGCGUGUCUCGACUAUCUGAAAACGCUUGGUCUCGAUUGUUCGAAGCUCACCAAAUCUGAUAUCGACAGUGGCAAUUUGGGAGCGGUCCUCCAGCUCCUGUACAUUCUCUCGACGUACAAGCAGAAGUUGCGACAGUUGAAGAAGGACCAGAAGAAGGCCGGCGGACAUACAGCUAUCAUGCCUCCAUCUGUGUCCAAAUUGCCUUCGCCGGCGCAGAGAUCGGCGAAUAACUCCAACUUUCUGACAUCGACGAUGCCUUCUUCGAGACUUUUGCCGCCGACAAGAAUGUCUAGAGGAGAAAACAACACGUCGGCGCCUGCAGCGAAGACGACGACGACAACGACGACGGCGACGACGACACCGAGUGCGGCAAAGGCAUCAAGGGGUUCCGGUAUCAAACCGCCGACGAGCAGCGCAUUGAGAUCGUUGAGUCGCGGAAGCGGGAACAACAAUGCCGGCUCAACGGUUUCAUCGUCAAAAAGUCUGAAUUCAUCGACAUACACUUCGAUUGCAUCGUCGAUUUCGCCGACACCUCCGACGAAGAUUGCGCCGCCAGCCGCGUCGAGAAUCAAGGCGUCGGCGUCGAAAACUGCUCCGCCGACGCAGAAAACAACGCCGAAUAAGGCGAUGCCGGCGAAACCUGCUGAAAAAACGGCUGGAAUGUUGAAGCUGCGAUUAAUCAACCAUAACAACAACAACAACAAUAACAAUAAUAACGAUGCUAAUAGUCUUCAGAAGCCACCAGCGGCACCUGCCACAUCGGCGACAUCGACACCAAAGUCGGCAAUUCCGCCGCCAAGAAGCGGACUUCGACCGCCAACGGGCACUUCUUCGAAAAUUGCCAAGAAAUCUGCGGUUAGUGAUUUGACCCUUGGGAAUUGCAUUGCUCAACUCGCGACGGAAACGCCAAUUACUUUCCGGAAACCGCCUCCUGUUGCUACAAUGACAUUGAUUGAAGAUAAAAAGACAAAAAGUAUUGCGAUCGAUGAGGAGAAUUUGAAAUCGAAACAACACGAGAAUAAGGAUUUGAAAAGAUGCUCAAAGGCGAGUGAAGACGAUUCGGCGUACGCAGGAUUCUCUAGCACAAGUCCAGCGUCUUCGACUGAAGGAUCGUUGAGCAUGCAUUCCGCAGCUUCAUCGUCGUCCAAGGGUGACGACAAAUCGCCGAGUUCCGAUGAUCUGACAUUGAAUGCCUCGAUUGUGACCACAAUUAGGACGAGUGUUGAGGAGAAACCAAUCCUAGCCGUCAAAGGAAUCAAAAUGAAUCAGGAAACGGAAGGGGUCAAAUCAGCCCCAACAGUUGGAAUUGUCAGUCCGAUGACGCAAAAGAAAUUCCAAGCAGAGCCGAAAAGCAUCCAGAUCGACGGACCGCCUCUUGAUGAGAAAGAGAAGCUCAUAAUGCCGGUCGACGAACCAAAAUCACCAAUCGUUCCACCCCAAAUGGCGCCAAUUCGCCAUCCACCCACCUACGAGCAGCUAUUGCGCCAAGGCAAAAUCCAAUCGCCACCCGUCAAAAGUCUAGUUGACGAAUAUCCGAAAUAUCAACCGAUUGAGGCGAAAUCAUUGGAUCGGAAAUUCAAAAAACCGCUGACUGACGGUCCCAUCGAGAGCGGAGUGGCGAUGUUGGCGAAGAUGAAAGAGAAAUUCAAAGAGUACGACGAGAUGACACGACGAGCACAAGCGGGCUAUCCCGACAACUUCGAAGACAGCUCGUCAUUGUCGUCGGGAAUAUCGGACAACGUCGAAUUCGACGACAUCUCCACCGACGAUCUUAGCGGCGUAAAUAUGACGGCACUAACGUCGGAAUAUUCUCAUUUUGUUCGGACCAACAACCGCUCGAAAAGUUCUCGACCUUCAACUUCGGUCGACUCUCGCUCUCGUACCAUUGCUGAGCAGGAGAACAUUCACAAGCUUCUAUCGCAAUGUCGCACUAGUCAAAGAAGCGCUGCGACUUCUUCAGCUUCGUCGUCUUCGUAUGGGCAUUACUCGUUGAAAUCGCCUGGAUAUGCGACCCAUCUGAGUGUGUCGGAUUCCAUGUCGCCAAGGCGGCCCUCAUCCUCAUUGCAGCGACAAAAUUAUGGUGGUGGACAUUCCGGAGCGGGAUUCCAUUCUCUCGAUCGCAAAUGCCAUUUGCAAGAAUACUCGGAUCAGAAUAGUCGCGUUGCAGCUCUUUUGAGUCCCCGACGAAUUCCAAAUACAGCCAAUUCGAAACACACCUACGAUAUACCACCAGCUUGUUCAGCAGCCGCCUCUCUCAACGCCUCGGGAAUGUCGAGAUCAAUGAUUCUGUUCGAAUCCCUAUCACCGCGCCUCACGCCACGGCAGCGGCGACGCUCGCCGUCAAGUCGCAGCUCGGUGAGCACAAGUCGACGCACACAAUCACCGCGAGCCCCAUCAUCCGCCCGAAUGCCACUUUCUAUCGCUUCGCCUGUUCAUUUAAAUUCGAAGGGAUCGCAAUCGGCGCGAACUCGAAACUACGACGGAUUCCAGUUGUAUCGACUGGCUGACGAUAAAAUACCGCCAGGUUCCUCGCGAGCAAGCGAUAUGGGCUCUCAGCUGUCGCUUGCCAGCACAACAGCAUACGCAACUCUCAACGAGAAGUACGAAUCAGCGAUUCGCGACAUGACCCGUGAUCUUGAAUGCUACAAAAACACGAUCGAAGAUCUUACAAAGAAGCAGGAAAAUUACGGAAUGCUGUUUGAAAUGUUCGACAACAAACUGCGCAAACUCACACAGCACAUUGAAAAAUCGAAUCUGAAGGCCGAAGAGGUGGCGAGAUUCCGGCAGGAUUUGGCACAUCUUCGAGAUAUUAGCACUCAUCUCGCCGCCAGCGCUCCGCACCAAUACAAUGAAGGCGCUGGCGAAUUGCUUCGUCAACCUUCAUUGGAGUCAGUGGCUUCGCAUCGUUCAACAAUGUCCUCGUCGUCGAAAUGUAGUUCGAAACCCGAUAAAAUCAGUUUGAACUCAUUUGGCAAAAAUAAGAAGAGCUGGGCGUUUGGUGUAGAUUCGCAGAUUCGUUCAUCGCUCUCGAAACUUACCAAAAAGAAGGCGAAACAUGAUCACGAUGGAUUGCCGUCGAUUUCUGGAUCGCAAGGAAAUGGACUAGAUGUGAUCGAAUUGAAGCAAGAGCUACAGAAUCGUGAUUCAACACUUGCUGAAGUUCGUUUGGAUGCACUUGAUAGGGCUCGAGAGCUUCAGGAGCUCAAGGAAACUAUUAAUAAGUUGAAGUAUGAAAACAAACAACUGAAGAAAGAGAUGGACCGAAUUACUACCGGACCAACGCGAGCUUCAUCUCAUGCUUCAUUGCCUCAUGAAGAGGAGCCGAUCUAUGAGAUGGCGUGUAGUUCGACUUCGAAUAGCGCCUCAUCAAAACGAUCUUCUGGAUGCAAUUCCAUCAAAGUCACUGUGAACGUCGACCUUGCUGGAGAGAUUUCUUCCAUCGUAUGUCCGGACAACGAAAUUAUCGUCGGAUUUCUUGCGAUGCCAACCGGCCAAACUACAUGGCAGGAAAUCGAUCAGCAAAUUCUUGUGCUGUUCGAGUCUUAUUUGAAACGAAUUGAUGUGGAACAUCAUCUCGACUUGAAUGGCUCCGAUGGGAUUCUUGGCUAUCAAAUCGGAGAAGUGAAGCGAGUUAUUGGCGAUUCAGCCGGCGCGAAAGCCCCCGUUGACGUCCUUCAACCGACCACGACCAUUCGAAUGUUCAUGAAGGGAGCUGGCCAAAAUCGGGUUGAUUCGCUUGUUCUCGACACUCUUCUUCCAAGACAAAUGAUCCUUCAACUUGUCAAAUACCUCUUCGCGCAACGACGAUUGGUAUUGGCAGGCGCCGCAGGAAUCGGAAAAAGCAAAUUGGCAAAGGCAAUCGCGACAUAUUUGGCAUUGCGAAACAAGCAGAAGAUUGAUGAGAUCGUCGACAUUAAGAUUCCGGAUGAUUCGACGGAGGAGCUUCUCAAAGUCGAGCGGACGUUGGAGAAAAUCUUGCAAUCGAAAACGCCGUGCAUCGUUGUUCUUGACAACAUUCCGAAAAAUCGCAUUGCGUUUGUCGCUUCCGUCUUCGCUAAUGUUCCACUUAGAAAUGACGAAGGACCAUUUGUGGUGUGCACAGUGAAUCGUUAUCAGAUUCCUGAAAUGCAAAUCCAUCAAAACUUCAAAAUGUUCCUUUUGACGAAUCGGAUGGAAGGUGUCAGCGGCUUUAUGUCGAGAUUUUUGCGACGAAGAGCCGUCGAAGCAGAGUAUCGACAAUGCCGUCAAACCCCGUCGGAACUCAUUCAAAUUAUUCAGUUCCUUCCAGAGGCGUUACAGGCUGUAAAUCAAUUCAUCGAGAAAACGAAUUCGAUUGACGUCACUAUUGGACCUCGAGUGUUUCUUCAGUGCCCAUUGUCUAUUGACGAAUCUCGUCAGUGGUUCGUCCGUCUGUGGAAUGAGAAUUUCAUUCCAUAUAUGGAGAGGGUCGCCAGAGAAGGCAAGAAAACUUUCGGCCGGUGCAGCACAUUCGAUGAUCCGACCGAAUUCGUUUGCGAGAAAUGGCCAUGGCUCGACGGAGCCGCGCCGGAAGAGACGUUGAAACGACUCGCACUUCAUGACCUGACGCCUUCUGCCCCCAAUAAACCCCAAUUCAAUCCUCUUGAAUCGCUUAUCCAGCUUCAUGCGACUAAGCAUGCAAGCUCUCUAGAUAACACCAUCUGA